AGUACAUAUUCUACUGGAGGGUAAUGCCAAUUAUUCAUUUUAUAGUCACCAAUACGCGUGGGUGUAAUGUCCGGUUUUUAGUGGAGGCAGGGCGCUCCGUGGCUCAUGUCGUUAUUGAAAUUCGUGCGAAUUAAAAUGCGUGUGCAGUGGGUUGCCUAUAUUUGGGGCAACUAUUAGGGUGCGAUUCAUAGGGCGAACCUGUGGGGCGAACACAAAAUAUUUUUUUCUGAUAAAACGAGGGAUUUUCACAUUUUUGGAAGGUGAGGAACGUGAUCAGGAGGUGAUGUAGAAGAGUUUUUUGUAAACAGUCUGUGCGAAAUCGAGAAGUGUGUUUUGUUCUGGAGUUAUGUAUGUUGGUUUUUGGUUGUGAUGUGAGAGUUCUGAUACUUCUGAGCUGAGAUCAUGGUUGAGGGUCCCUGAUUGAGUGUCUUGCAUGUGUAUUGGGAAUCCGGUAGCGAACAUUCCAGUGAUUUUUGUUCUUUGUUUUUGUUUACAGUUUUUAGGUUAUAUACUGUAUUAGUUUUAUUGAAGUUAUUAUGUUGCAGGCACGAUUGCAGGAUUACUAUUAAAUUUUCGAAUUUUUACAAAUGCCUGAAUUAUAAAGGACAGUCACAAAAAGUGUGUUAUGGUUGACAAAGCUCCCUCAAUAUCCAUGGAGCUAGAACAAUAUUACCUUUCCUUAGAAGUAAUUGAGGCUAUACAAAACAAUGAUGUACCUCGUCUCAAAUUACUACAUAAAUGUGGUACAGAUUUCAAUAUGUGUGAUGAAGAUGGUAACACAGUUUUUCAUUUGGCCAUUCAAAAUCAUGCCAAAUUGGAUACUUUUGAAUACCUGCUCACUUUGGAUGAUGUUAUCACUAAAGAUGACUUCAAUUCUGUUCCAAGAACUCCAAUACAGGAGGCUUUUAGAAUUAAUAGUGGAGAAAUUUAUGCCAGUCGUUUGAUAGAAUCAGGCUGCAGAGUUGAUUGUUUUUAUCCUCGUGGUAGUAAAGUUUUGCAUUUGGCUGUUAAAAAUAAAUGGAUAGAGGUAGCUGAAUUAUUAAUUGAAAGAGGUAUUAAUAUAGAGUAUCGAAACGACAAUGUAGAAACUACCUUACAUUUAGCUGUUAAAACAGGCGACAUCGACAUUCUUUGGAUGUUGCUGUUUUAUGGAGCUAACCCAAAUAAUAAAUGUGUACAUUGUUUUGCAAAUGAAAAUGGACGUAUAUAUAUGCAUUUGACUUUUUUCGAUUUAGUUGUAAAACAGCUUACCACGUAUCCAACACUGGAAAUUUUUCUGGAUCCGUUUUAUUGUUAUGAAAAGAAUUUUAGUCUUUUUACUUUUAUCGAAGCAAUGGAAAAAGGAUCGCCAAUUUUUUAUAAAUUAAUUGAAAUUACCUGUGAUAUACACUUCACAUGUGAUGAAUUGAUGGCAUUAAUUCGAAAGUUUUCUUUCUUAAAUCCAAAAAUGUGGAGGCUAUUUACACAAGAAUGUGAUUAUAUUUUAGAGGAAAUGUUAUGUAGGUGUCGCCUAGAUGACUUUUUUUUUCCAGAUCUAAACCAUUUGCAUAAUUAUACUCAGAAUUUGUUUAUAUUGUUGGAGAGCAGUGUUUCAGAUACUUUUGUCCAAGGAAUUAAUGCCAGUUUUUUAGCAUUACCAACAAGAUUAAUCAAAUAUUUUGCUGAACGCAGAGAAUCAGUAGAUCUUCUCUGUCAGAUUCUAUGUUGUAUGUUGAGUUAUGGAAUAGAUAUUAACGCUGAUGCUUUAAAUGUUCUUUACGUUUCGUUUGGUUAUUGUGAUUUGUUCAAAAUAAUGCUUCAUAUGGACAUUAAAGAGAUGGAGAGAUAUGCAGGCAAGGAGGAAUGUGUCUUCUCCCGAUUACUCUUUGAUAUAAAUUUAUCUGCUGAGUCUGUUAUUUCCAAAACUUAUGAUGAACCAAUUGCUUAUGAAAUUUCUCAGUAUUUUACUUUACCAAAAUUUAGACUAAUGCAAGGAUUUCCAGUUCCAACUUUACUUGAACUUGCAAGAAAUCGUGCCCGCGAAUAUAUUACCAAAAAAUUUAAGAUAAAAAAUAGUAGAGGUUUUUAUACAAUCUUGCGAGCAUUACCAAUAGCUGAAUUUCAUAAGAAAAUAAUUUCUUUUGAGGUAAAAUUGUAUUCAUUAUGAUAUAUCCCAAAAAAAUAGAAUAUAUCUUUGUAUAAAAUGUAUAUAUUAGUUCUUAUGUACCUAUGUAAAUAUUGAUAAAAAUAAAUUAAUAUACUAUGUAUAAUGCUAGAAUUUUUCUGUUUAGUUUUUACUAAUUAAAGGUAUCUACACUGUAUUUAAUGUAAGCGUUUUUAUUUUGU